GAAAUAGGACAAAUAGGUUAUUUUUUGGAAAUAUUUUGCCUAUCCAGUCAAAUUUCCAUAAUUUCUUUUCUUAUCCACUAAAUUUUUAAUAACUCAGCUUUCCAUAAUUACAAUUUUUAAUUAUCCCCAAAAAUGUCCCAGUAAAGAACCUGGCCAAAAGUGAAACCUAAACAAGUGAAAUUUUCCCAUUAUUAUUUAUUUCCCCCCCAGCUGAUUCAAGGACACCAAAGUGAAAUUAGAAAAAAAGCUCACUGAAAAGCAGCGUUGUCAUUAUACCAAAAUAGAGCUCUCAGUGGUUUACUAGAGUUCCAAGGAACAUGUCGCUUAAACCCAGGCAGGUGGACUUCGUUUCCACAUGGGAAGCUAUCCAGGAGACUAUCAGGGGGGUGAUCACUUUGGACCAUGUCCCGAGGACCGUUUGGAAUGAUAGAUUUUCGGAUGUAUAUUCGCUAUGUGUGGCUCACCCAGAACCACUAGCUGACAGAUUAUACACAGAAACGCAGCAAUACUUGGCCGACCAUACAACUCAAUUAUUACAAAAAGUCCAAGCGGAUGGCGAACAUAAUUUGGUUAAAAAUUAUUUUCAUGUUUGGUCACAGUAUUCGGUUGGUAGCCAAUACCUCCACAGCUUAUACCUAUAUUUAAACCAGCAACACAUACGAUCACAAAAAAUGUCCGAUGCCGAAAUUAUUUAUGGCAGCGCGGAUCCAUCUACCACUAACCAAGGUGAACAAAUGGAAAUAGGAGAACUAGCCUUACACGUGUGGACUGCAAACAUGAUUUGGCCUUUGGGUAGUAGACUUGUAAAGCUAUUACUUGAGGCUAUAGAGUUGGAUAGGGCCGGGCAGCCUCCUACAAUACCUUUGGAAGCUGUAAGGGGAACUAUUUUGAGUUUUGUUGAGGUUCAAGCUUACAAGAAGAAAGCUCACCUUCAUCUGUACAUUGAGCUAUUUGAAGAUCCAUUUUUAAAUGACAGCGGAGAACAUUUCAAAAGGGAUGCUGCGUUGCUGCUUCAAGAGAAAGAUGUUAGUAUGUAUAUGGAAAGAGUAAAAGCUAAAAUUGAGGAAGAAUUAUUUAGAGCUCGAAGAUUUCUACAUGCCAGUUCUCUUCCUAAAGUUGCGCAUAGGUGUGAAUUGCAUAUGGUGGCAGACCAUUUGCAAUUUUUAUACAGUGAAUGUCAGAACAUGGUCAAAUAUGAAAAGAAAAAAGACCUUUCAAAUAUGUAUCACUUGCUCAAAAGCGUUCCAAAUGCUUUAGUUGUUUUGGUAGAUACAGUCUUUGAUCAUAUUAAAAAUCAAGGCUUGUCGGCGAUUCAUAAUCUCCAAGGCGAAUCCAUUCACAUAAAUUUUGUAGAAAAUUUGCUUACAGUGUAUAAAAAAUAUAAAGAACUUAUCAAAGAAGUUUUCAAGUCUGAUCAAAAUUUUAUGGGGGCUUUGGACAAGGCUUGCAAUUCGGUCAUUAAUCACAGGCCUAACGAUGGUAGAUCGCCUUGUAGAAGUCCGGAAUUGCUAGCGAAAUAUUGUGAUACGUUACUAAAGAAAAGCAGCAAAGGUAUUUCUGAGGCGGAAGUCGAUGAAAAAUUGUCUGAAAGUAUAAUAAUAUUUAAAUACAUAGACGACAAAGACGUGUUUCAGAAAUUUUAUUCAAGAUCGUUGGCAAAAAGGUUGAUACAUCAGCAGACCCAAAGUAUGGAUGCUGAAGAAUCUAUGAUUGAUAGAUUGAAACAGGCUUGCGGCUAUGAAUUUACCAGCAAACUUCACAGAAUGUUCACUGACAUGUCGGUUUCUACUGACCUCAACAACAAAUUCCAAGCUUUCAUCAAACAAGAAGACAUCGAUUUAGGCAUCAAUUUUGGAAUUUACGUUCUCCAGGCUGGAGCGUGGCCUUUAGGCCAGGCCGUUGUCACACCUUUUGCUUUACCACAACAAUUAGAACGAAGUGUACAAAUGUUUGAAACGUUUUAUCACAACCGAUUCAAUGGUAGAAAGUUAACAUGGUUACACCAUUUAUGUCAAGCUGAAUUAAAACUGAGCUAUCUAAGAAAACCUUAUGUAGUUACAGUGCAGACAUUUCAAAUGGCAAUAUUAUUACUUUUCGAGAAGACUGACGCUCUGACUUGUAAGGAAAUCAGAGAAACUCUACAAUUAAAUACAGACCAGUUUAAAAGACAUGCUGUCAGUUUAGUCGAUUCAAAAUUACUUCUAUCAGAUACUGAGGAAAUUGAUGAGACUGAAACUACCCUGAGGCUAAACAUGGACUACUCGAAUAAGAGAACAAAAUUCAGGAUAACGGCUGCUAUCCAGAAAGAAACACCUCAUGAAGUGGAACAAACAAUGAACUCUGUGGAAGAAGAUAGAAAAAUGUACCUGCAAGCUGCCAUUGUUAGAAUUAUGAAGUCCAGGAAGGUGCUCAAGCAUAAUUUACUUAUACAAGAGGUGUACGCACAAUCGAAAGUAUCUUUUGCACCAAGUGUUCAACUCAUCAAAAAGUGCAUUGAAUCUCUAAUUGAUAAACAGUACAUCGAAAGAACUCCGCAUUCUAGUGAAGAAUACAGCUAUGUAGCUUAAUUUAACAAAUUACUAUUAUAGGUGUUUUAAUUAAAACAUUUCACAAUUCAGAUUGGGGUUUUGUUACAUUUUUGGUUAGAAAGAUUACCGAAAAUACUCGACAGUGAACUUAGUUUAGGCUGGAAGGCAACGACAGAAGGGUUUGAACAAUUUCAUUCCCUUUCUCCUAGUAAAGUAGCUUUAUUAUUUAGGUAUCCUAGGAUAUGAGUAAUGGAUGUCUGGCAGGCUACAAACAGUCUAUUACUUGACAACCCCUACUGGGAAAAAGAAAAUGAGAUUGGUCAAACCCUUAUGUCACCAAUUACUAGGCUAUUUGCAGCGAAAAUUUUAAUUUUUUUUGGUACACCAGGAAAUCAUUUUCUAGUAUAACAGAGAAAUUAAGUUAACCCUACUUAACUGUUAAAGAAAAAAAUUAUUGGAUCUUAAACUUGUAUAUUAACAAUUGUAAAUAUUUCCUAGCAGCAUAUACCACAUAAGUCUAAUAAAUUGUUUUCUCGUUAAUAUGUAAAAGGGGGAUCAUUGUAAUUUUAUAUUUAUUUUAAUUUUUGGAUAUAGGAAUUAUUGUUCUUUAAGAUCUCGUUUUUACAUAUCGAGCAGGUCUUGAAUUUAGCAAAAAGAUGCAUCAUUGUAUUUUAUUAUUUAAUAUAAAUAAUUUCUUUUCCACAA